UCAAGCCAGACAUAUGCAGCCUGCGACAUAACCAUUGCAACUGAGCCAACAAACUGGCUACGAACAGAUUUUAUUGACGUCAAGGAUGCUAAAAUGCUGAAUAUUAAACUGAAAUACAACCUUCGUAGAUGUCCACUAAUUGCAAGUUCUUUCUGCAAACACAAGUGGAGCAUUUAUGUGCUUCAUGUAGAUAAAAAAUUAAUUGGAGUUGAUUUAAACCCACUCACAGCUAAUGAAGUAAUAUACCAAGAGGUAGAAACAAUUGCGCCAACAGUCCUGCCUGCACCUGGAAAAAUGGAGUCAUAUGAUUAUGAUGUUAAAAUCGUAACCAAAAAGGAAGGUGUGUAUCUUGCAUUCUUAGACCAAGGAGCCUGUGUGUCAUUAUCAAGUGUUAUUGUAAGCUACAAUUAUUGCUCCGAGAUUGAAAGAGGUCUGGUGAGAUUUUCAAGGGCAGCUGCUCCAGUUAACGACUCUUCUCUCGAGGAACAAAGAGGACGCUGUACUGAUGUUAACUCUCUUAGAAAAGUGAAACUAUCAGGCGUUUGCCUUAGUAACGGAGAAUGGAACAUCACGGAUGCGAUCAAGUGCUUUUGUAAACCUGGCUAUGAACUUGUCAAUGGAACUGGGGGAAAUGUCUUUGAAUGCAGUGGUAUGAACGGAAAUUCUAUUUUUUUAAGACUGGCGGUGACGGUGUUUAUUAUUAUUAUUAUUAUUAUUCACUUCAUUCAACUUAAUCACUUUAAAUUACAAUACGCAAACAACCUAGUAAUAGGUUACAAAUCCUUAGGUACAGUAAUGUAUGCUUAGAAACUUAUAGUACCAGUCUGGUACUGUUUCUCAUAGUCUUUAUUUGCCAAUCGUAAAUCAUCUUACUUUGUCGGGGGCACCCAACGACUGUUUAAUCUGUAAAAUACAGUAAACACCCGCAUAUAAGAACAAAUGGAUUAAGAACACCAAGCUGAAAUUUAGCCAAUAAAGCCCCAUUUUUAUAAGAACAAGAUCAGCCUGAAAAUUGUAACAUGUUCUUAUAAAAUGGAAAAAGUGUCAUAAUUACAAAACAUGUAAGUUUAUGAUAUAAUAUAAUAUAAUUAUAAUAUAAACAAAUCGCAGAAUAAUUAUUUACUUUAUUUUCCUAAAAUAUGCUAAAUAUACCUCCAGCAACAUGUUUUGGAUCGUAUUACUAAAUAAAAAUUUAAGAACAUUUUAAGAACAUUUUGAGGCUGAUUUGUCAUUAAGCACCCGAUAAAUAAGAACUCAAUCAGCCUGACCUCCGAAAUCGUGUGUUCUCAUAUGCGGGUGUUUACUGUAUCUGUUCGGAAAAGCCGCAAACAUGGCCUAAAAUUUUCUAUUGGUUUAGGACGGCUAAAAAUUUCUGGAUGCCCGUUCCGUUCAUGUACAAUUUUUGACGCUUGUCUAAUAAAUUUCCUAAAAUUUUCUGAACUUGAUGUUUUCACAUUUCACUGCAAAUGUUGGGCUAUUUUUGGUAGAAAAAGGAAAACUAAAAUGUUCGGAUUCAAAAAUGUAAUGGAGAGAGGAAAAUAGGAAAAUUAUCUCUUUCGUAAACGUUAACUUGCAUAUAAAAUUUUCGGGAUAAUAAUACUGAAGCCCUUGUAAAUUCGAAAAGACUCAGGUUCUCCUAGGGUGACGGUACACAUACAAAUUUUAUAGCGCCGCUUAUUAUGCCGCUUAUAAUAGCCUAAAAGUGCUUUCAGUGUAUUUAAGAGGAAAUCGUCGAUGGGUGCCCCUUGACUUUGUGAAAUGCUGCUCAUUAGACUAAUUAUAGCUUGCAAACCCUUUCUGUUUCGAUCUUCCAUGCACUGACUUGAAAUCAAUCAGUAAUCUAACGAAGGUCUGUCCACAUAGUGCUAAGGAAUGUUUUUAUCAAUCUUAUUUUUUAAGCGUGCCUUAAAGGCUUUUACAAGAGCGUUGCAAGUAACAGUAAAUGUGACGAGUGUCCUACAAACUCAGCGUCCAAUACUGGAAGAACAGGUUGCUUAUGCCAUGAAGGGUUCUACAAGAAACCUGGAUUACGUGUAGCUCCUUGCAAAGGUAAUCGUAGAUCUCGAGUUCUAAAAUUUUAUUUAUUAUUCUGAUUGACUCAAAUCCCCCUGCUCUUUCUUCAUAACCAAAAAAUAAAUAAAUAAAUAGAUAAAAAUAAUAAUAAUAAUAAUAAUAAUAAUAAUAAUAAUAAUAAUAAUAAUAACCAACCAGCGUUGAAACCUUAAUUACCAAAAUUAUAAUAGGAAUACGCUUUAAGGGUAUAUUUUAGAACUUUCUAGCCCUAAAGAUCUAUUUCUAGGUGACUUCAUUUAGCAAGAAUAAAACAAGUCUUUGAAAAUAUUUAGCUUACCUCCGAUGAUCUCGAUCUCUUGCUUGUCCUCGAGACUUCUCUGGCACGAAAUGGCAAAGAACUCUUACUAAAACUUUCUCUUUUUACCUUUUUUUCAAGCGUGGUCUAUGGCAGCGAGCUAAUGAACUACGUUUGUGGCUAUUGAAAUAUUGUGUGGCUAUUGAUCAUGGACUAGCGUUGGCAUAAAAGCAUAAAGUAGUGUUUUUCUUUACUCUUAAUUACUGUAAAAAGUUGGUACUUACGAUAAUAGAUUUCAAUAGAAAGUAAACAUGCAAUGUAGAUGAUCACAUAUUUCCCAUUAGUCACUGCUUACAAAACUACCCUGCUCGAAUAAUACUCCUUUAUGCGAUUUGUUUUAAUAAUGAAAAAAAUAAAUAAAUUAUCAUGCUAACUUAUACAAAUCAAACCUCCCGCAGCUUUACCAAAGGCACCACGUAAUGCAAAUGUCACUGUUGUUAAAGAAACUUAUGUUGAAAUUAUGUGGGAACGCACACCUGAUGAAAGCGAUGGAAAGUUAAGAUAUUCUGUAGAUUGCUUCAGAUGCAAGUCCAGCAAAUACAAGGAUUGUAAGGAGUCAUGUGGACCAAGUGUAGAGUAUAAACCAAACAAGGACAACGUCACAGAUGGCACUGUGGCUGUAAAUGGCUUGCCUCCUGAUAGUUUCCUGAAGUUUCGAGUUUACUCUGUCAAUGAGUUAAAUGCACAGGAGAAAGACAGAGACAAAUGGAAUUAUGUUACAGUGUCAGCAAAGACUAAAGGUAAGUAA